CCUCCCCAAGCCCAUGCGGACCCGCGGCCUCCGGCAACACCCACUCCGCGCUCCCGCGUGCCGCAGCCGGCGCCGCCGCGCGCCGCCGCGCGCCGCCGUCGCCCCGUGCCGUCGUCGCUGCCGCCGCGCUCGCUGGCUGGCCCGGUGCGGGCGCCGGGCUCCUGCCACAGGCGAGAACCACCGGCGCCACCACCACCACUUCGGCCCGGGCCCGGGCACCGGCCCCGCCCCGAGCCCCGGCCUGAGCCCCCCGCCCGGCCGGGCGAUGAAGUGUCACUACGAGGCGCUGGGGGUGCGGCGCGACGCCAGCGAGGAGGAGCUCAAGAAGGCCUAUCGGAAGCUGGCCCUGAAAUGGCACCCGGAUAAAAAUCUGGAUAAUGCCGCAGAAGCAGCUGAGCAAUUUAAACUAAUCCAAGCAGCGUAUGACGUGUUGAGUGACCCUCAGGAAAGAGCAUGGUAUGAUAAUCAUAGAGAGGCUCUGCUUAAAGGUGGGCUUGAUGGAGAGUAUCAAGAUGACAGCUUAGAUUUGCUUCACUAUUUCACUGUGACCUGUUACUCUGGUUAUGGAGAUGAUGAAAAGGGCUUUUAUACAGUGUAUCGUAGUGUCUUUGAAAUGAUUGCCAAGGAAGAGCUAGAAUCUUCUUUAGAAGAGGAUGUUGAGGAUUUCCCAACUUUUGGAGACUCCCAGAGUGACUAUGAUACGGUAGUCCAUCCUUUCUACGCUUAUUGGCAGAGCUUCUGCACUCAGAAGAACUUUGCUUGGAAAGAGGAAUAUGAUACACGACAGGCUUCAAACCGCUGGGAGAAACGAGCCAUGGAAAAAGAGAACAAAAAGAUUCGAGACAAAGCAAGGAAAGAGAAGAAUGAGCUUGUCCGUCAGCUGGUAGCUUUCAUCCGUAAAAGAGAUAGAAGAGUGCAGGCUCAUCGAAAACUUGUGGAAGAACAGAACGCAGAGAAGGCGAGGAAAGCCGAAGCAAUGAGGCGGCAGCAGAAACUAAAGCAGGCCAAACUGGCAGAGCAGUACCAAGAGCAGAGCUGGAUGACGGUGGCCGAUUUGGAGAAGGAGCUCAGGGAGAUGGAGGCACAGUAUGAAAAGGAGUUUGGAGACGGAUCAGGUGAAGAUGAAGCGGAAGAGCAGGAACUCCAAGACGGACAGGAUGGUAAAGAUAGUGAUGAGGCUGAGGAUGCAGAACUUUACGAUGGCCUUUACUGCCCAGCAUGUGACAAAUCUUUCAAGACGGAAAAGGCCAUGAGGAAUCAUGAAAAAUCAAAGAAGCAUCGGGAAAUGGUUGCCUUGUUAAAACAACAGUUGGAGGAGGAGGAAGCAAAUUUUUCAGGACCUCAAACUGAUGAAAACAGUCUGAAUGCCAAUUCUGAGGAAGAAAUGGAGGAUGCACCAAAACAAAAGCUUUCUAAAAAACAGAAGAAAAAGAAACAGAAACCAGCACAGAAUUAUGAUGAUAAUUUCAAUGAAAAUGGAACUGGAGAAGGGGUAAAGGUUGAUCCAGAAGAUAACAGCCUAAAUCAAGACAGUGCCAAAGAAUUGGAAGAUAGUCCCCAAGAAAAUGUCGGUGUUACAGAGACUGUGGAACUGUGUGAUGACCCCAAAAGUGAAGCUAAAAGCGUUUCUAAACCCAAAGGAAAGAAAACCAAAGAUACUAAAAAAUCUGUCAGAGUACCUGCUGAACCACAGACAGUGAGUGAUGUUCUUAUUAGCUGUACAACCUGCCAUAGUGAAUUUCCAUCCCGGAAUAAACUUUUUGACCAUCUAAAGGCCACAGGUCAUGCAAGAGCACCUUCAUCAUCAUCUUUAAACAGUGUAACAAAUAGUCGAAGCAAAAAAGAGAAACGUAAAAACAGAUAGAAAUCCUGCCAAUGCUUUUUCUUUUUGAUUGUCUCUAGAUUUUGACACCAAAAACUGAACUGAAAUCAUCUAAAGAGUUAAAAUUUCAGUCAUCUGCAAUUUAUUGCAUUGUGGAAGAUUGUUUUUAUCUUGUAAAAACAUUUUUUUGUUUAAUAUAUAUUUUUUAAACAUUUCAUUAGUGAUUGAAUUCUACUUUUGCCAUCUGAAUUGACUUGAAUGUCUCAAAACAGGUAAAUAUUGUAAAGUAUGCAUUCUUGACUUCUGUUGGCUCAUGUGGACAGAAAUGUACAGGGAGAAUUAAAUUAUUUUAACACGUACAAAUGCUCCUUUCUGUUUUAUUUUGUGAAUUUCACAUUAAGUGAAAGUAUUUUUAUAUGAUAAGUAUUUUUAUAUGAUUCAGUGGUUUUGUGUUUUGUUAUGCUUCGUGAUCUGUUGAAGACUCAGAUCAUUUUAAAAUCGUCAUGGAUUUUUUCUACCUGAUACCAUGAUUCCAGUUCUGAUUUUAAAACUACUUCUAAAUAACCAGUUGUUAAUUACUGCAUUUUUUUCCCCUGAAGGACAAUGAUAAGUAGAAACUAAUUGAACAUAUAUGGUUGUUUUUCAAGAAUAGUUAUCUCUUCAAGGUAUAAUUAUAUUGAUUUAACUUGAGAUUUUACCGGUAAUUAACAGUAAGAUAUAUCUUUUGGUUUUUCACUCUGAUUUGGCUCACGGAGAUGGAACAAAUUAAUUUAUGGGGUGCGUCCUCCUUAGGCAUAGGGACAGCUGUGAAGCAUGAUGGAUCAAGGUAGCAGAUGGUUCAGAAUUUAUUCUAUUUAACAAGGAAUAUUCUGCCUUGGGUUUUUUCACUAUUUUCAGAAGUUUUUUUGUUUUUUCCAUCAUUCAGUGGAGAGAAACUUUUUUAAUGAAAGAUUUUUCACUAAGGCUGAUAUUUAUGCCCUAGAUUAUCUACUCUGUAGCAAAGAUGAAUAUUAAAAGAAAUACGGAGAAUCUUUAUAAGUGAGUGUGGUCAAGUAUAUGGAUCAGUGAUGAGUCGGGUUGUAGGGUGGAUUAAAUAGGCAAUGCUUUUAGUUGGUCUUGAAAGUAACUUUGAACUCACUAGCUUGAAAUGAGUACUUGCUGUUCAGUGAAGUUAUUUCUCUCCUUAUAUCCUUGAAUCUUCAAAUGAAACAAUCUUCAGUUAUGCAUAAGCUCUAAAACACAGGGUCCCCGAGGGCGAGGUCUUUUCUGAAAGCUUCAUGGAUAGUAUUGAUGAUAUGGAUCAUUCUGUGAGAUGGACUUGAAAAUGUGCAUUUGCAGCUUAAUUUUUAGUUUGUUUCUUUUUCAUUUAGAUAGAUGUUUAUUUUCUUUACCUUCUUCCCUUUCUAACUUCUAUUGCUAAUUCCGCCUAAUUGCUUUCCCCCCUUUCUUGGUCCCUUCAGGUGAAAUGCCAGCCAGUUUUCUGCCUUUGGUCUUUUCCUCCCAGGCUUCAUCUGAACACUCACCACCUUCCUCUAAUUUGAACUAGAUUGGCAAAAGGCAAAAAGUCUCACAAGAUCAAGUGUUGGUGAGAAUGGAGAAAUGGGAACAUUUGCUUCAAUUUGAUGGUGGCUAUGAAAUUUGAAGACGUACCCCCUGACCUGACAACUCCAGGGGUAUACCUAGAGUCUCACAGUGUUUGCAGAGGCACAGCAUGGGCUCUACCUGAGGACUGUCACCCAGGUCCCACUCCGGACCUGCUGAAUGAGAAUUUGCAAUUAACAAGACUUCUCAGGUGACUCACAUGCUUCUUGCAUCUUGAGAAGCGGUACUCUCAGGAACCCACGUGCAUGUGCACAAGGAGACUUAGUGGCUGAUCACAGCUGAAUUGCUUGUAUCUGGGAAAAGUUGGCGAUGGACCCUAAAUCUCCGUGAACAAGAAAGUGGAUAAAUUGUAUAACGGACAAUAAGAUGGCAAACAGGCAGUUCAAAUGAGUGAACUGGAUAUGUAAUACCAGUGGCUAGCCUUAAAAAAAUAUUGAAUGAAAACAAGCUGUCAGAAGGUGACAUGUAUGCCACAUAUAUAGUUUUUUAAAGUACUGUUGUUAUUUAUAGAGAGAAAAUAUAGAACCAUCAAUGGGAAACACAUCAUUCAGAAAAGUAGUUGCCUCUGUAAAGGGAGGGAGAGGGGUGGAAUGGGGGCGUGGCAGCAAAGGGGCCUUAUCUGAGCCAAGGCUUCUAUUUAAGAUCUGAAGGAAGAUGUUAGCAUUGAUUAAUUCUGGGUGGUGGGUAAUGAGGGUUUAUUACUCUACUAACAUGUUUUCAUGAAAUACUUCAAAUAUCCAGAGAAAUACAAAUUAAUGUUCCAUUUUUUGUUAAUAGAAAAUACACUUGAACGAAAGGGGAGAUAAAGGCUUUCAGGUCUACAUUUUAUUCCUAGCAUAUUCCAUAAGCUCACUGUGGCAGAGGCUAUUACUUGUCUCUCUCAAUAUUCAUUCUCUCCUUCUUCGUUAUAAUUCUGAUUUUUAAUUGGGCACAAAGCCACCUAAAAUAUUACCUUCCUAGCCUCCCUUGCAGCUAGGAGUCUGUAAGUUCUGGCCAGUGAUCUGAGCAACUCUGGGGACAUGUCCUUAAAGAUGUGGGAUGUCCUUAUUCCUUCCUCCGCCAGCUUCAAUGAACAGGUAAUGGUUGGUGCUCUACCCUUGUCUGGGAUCAUGAUUCCUCACAGGGCAGAGAAACUGAAGCCCAGGAGCUUCCAUCCUUGACACUCAGAGGGACCCUAUAAGCCCCAGACAACCUUCUGCAUUCGAGAGAAAUAAAACUCCUGCACUACUGAA